UGGCUGGCAGGCUGGACGCUUGAGCUCCCUCCUGCUGGACUGGAUGGUGGGCUUCCCGCUAGGCUGGAGGAAGGCUUCUGACCGGGCUGGAGGCAGGCUCCCGGGUAGGCUGGAAGGCAGGCUCCCGGGUAGGCUGGACCGCAAGCUUCCAGUUGGGCUGGACCGCAGGCUCCCAGCUGGGCUGGUGGUCGGCAGGCUCCUGGCUAGGCUGGAAGGUAGGCUCCCCACUGGGCUGGAAGGCAGGCUCCCGGGUAGGCUGGACCGCAGGCUCCCAGUUGGGCUGGACCGCAGGCUCCCAGCUGGGCUGGUGGUCGGCAGGCUCCUGGCUAGGCUGGAAGGCGGGCUCCCCACUGGGCUGGAAGGCAGGCUCCCGGGUAGGCUGGUCCGCAGGCUCCCAGUUGGGCUGGACCGCAGGCUCCCAGCUGGGCUGGUGGUCGGCAGGCUCCUGGCUAGGCUGGAAGGCGGGCUCCCGGGUAGGCUGGACCGCAGGCUCCCAGUUGGGCUGGACCGCAGGCUCCCAGCUGGGCUGGUGGUCGGCAGGCUCCUGGCUAGGCUGGAAGGCGGGCUCCCCACUGGGCUGGAAGGCAGGCUCCCGGGUAGGCUGGACCGCAGGCUUCCAGUUGGGCUGGACCGCAGGCUCCCAGCUGGGCUGGUGGUCGGCAGGCUCCUGGCUAGGCUGGAAGGUAGGCUCCCCACUGGGCUGGAAGGCAGGCUCCCGGGUAGGCUGGACCGCAGGCUCCCAGUUGGGCUGGACCGCAGGCUCCCAGCUGGGCUGGUGGUCGGCAGGCUCCUGGCUAGGCUGGAAGGCGGGCUCCCCACUGGGCUGGAAGGCGGGCUCCCCACUGGGCUGGAAGGCAGGCUCCCGGGUAGGCUGGACCGCAGGCUCCCAGUUGGGCUUCCGCUCCUUGAUUGCCCUGGUUGGUUGGGCUGACUCGAGCUCUGGGUUGCUGGGCUUGGGCCCGCUGGUCCAAGUUCGGGGCCUGGGCCGAUUAGGCUCUGG